UCAAAUACAUCAUUUGGGCAUUUGGCAUAUAUCUCUCUCUUUCUCUUUCUUUUUUUUCUAUAGCAUUUGGUUGGAAUAGUAUUCUAAUAAACCAAUAAAACAUAUUGCUUCAAAAUGAGAACUAAAGGUCUUAUUGGAUUUCUUCUCCUCUUUGUGGCCACUCUUUUUGUAGCUGCAUCCGCUGGUAACUUUAAUCAAGACUUUGAAAUAACAUGGGGUGAUGGUCGUGCAAAAAUCCUUGAAAAUGGACAGAGUCUUAGCCUCUCUUUAGACAAAGCCUCUGGCUCUGGAUUUCGAUCCAAAAAUGAAUACUUGUUUGCAAAAAUUGAUAUGCAACUCAAACUUGUGUCUGGUAACUCUGCUGGCACAGUCACUACCUAUUAUCUAUCUUCUCUAGGGUCUACUCAUGAUGAAAUAGACUUUGAAUUUCUUGGUAACUUAAGUGGUGAUCCUUAUACUCUUCAUACAAACGUAUUCACACAAGGAAAAGGGAAUAGAGAACAACAAUUCCAUUUGUGGUUUGACCCCACCAAGGACUUCCACACUUAUUCUAUUCUUUGGAAUCCUCAGAGCAUCAUAUUCUCUGUGGAUGGAGCACCAAUAAGGGAAUUCAAGAAUUUAGAAUCCAAAGGGAUUGAUUUUCCAAAGAACCAACCUAUGAGGAUAUAUGCUAGUCUAUGGGAUGCUGAGAAUUGGGCCACAAGAGGUGGGCUUGUCAAAACAGAUUGGUCCCAAGCCCCAUUCACAGCCACAUAUAGAAACUUCAAUGCUCAAGUUUGUGUUUGGACUUCUUCUGGCUCUUCUUGUUCUUCCAACAAAUCUCCAUCAUCUUCGUUAUCUCAAUCAUGGUUAAGAGAAUCAUUGGACUCAAAUGGAUUAGCUAAAGUUCAAUGGGCACAAAAGAAUUAUAUGAUAUAUAAUUAUUGCACUGAUGCUAAGCGUUUUCCACAAGGACCCCCUUCCGAAUGUCUUCCUUAAACAUUAUUAUGUGAUUUUAUAAAAGCCUCGGAUUUAUAUCCUCUAUGAUUGUUGUACCAUGCAUUGAUCUCUAGAAUGAUUAACUAUUGAUUUUAGCCAAAGUUCAAUGGGCACAAAAGAAUUAUAUGGUUUAUAACUAUUGCACCGAUACUAGACGAUUUCCACAAGGACCCCCUUCCGAAUGCAUCGCUUAAAAAACAUUAUGUGUUUUCUUUUAUAAAAGUUCAUAUUUAGAUCCUCUAUGAUCACCACACAGUGCAUUGUUCUCUAGAAUGGUUAAAUCCAGAAGUCUUUGCACCCUGAAGAAGUUUUACAGGAUCUCUACACGUUAAAGUUCGUACAUAUUUUAAGUGUGACAUAUUCGUAAAUUUUUCUUUCUUUUUAUUGUGUAAAUUUACAAUUAAAACUAUAUUGUUGAUUGAUGCAUACUUGUAUAUGUAUUUUGCAUUAUUAUUGUAAUGUUUGUAUGUGAAAAAAGGCAUUCAUGUAAAUUAUAAAGGCAUUGAUGAUGUAAAUGAUAAGCAAUAAGUGGUCAAAUUGUAUAUUAUUUUGUUCAAAUAUUUAACAGUAUGAGUUUAAGUUUUUUUUUUUUU